CUGGAUCGAUAAAUUAAUGGCACACAUUUUUAUCUUCGCAGCUCUGUAGAAUAUCCACCUAAAACAGGAUUAUUUAGUCGAUGUCAGGAGAGUGAUGCCAGGAGCUCGGAGGGCCUGACUCGAAUCAUGGGACAAGCGAACUCGAGGCAGGAAGCUUUCUGGGAGGCUUGUGCCUAUGGCCGCAUUCAUCUUGUUCGAAAAUUCAUAGAAGAAGGAAUUGAUGUUGAUUAUGUAUCUUACACUCAAGACUGCUGCCCAAUCCACGUGUCAACGUCAAGGAGGGGAAGUAUCAAACUAAAUAUCUCUCUCACAGUCAAUUCAACGUCCGACAUUGUGAGUAUCACACUAAAUAUCUCACAGUCAACGUCCGACAUCCGAAACAACACCGCCCUGCACCACGCCGCGAUGAAGGGCCACGCUGACAUCAUGGACAUGUUGCUCAAAGCAGGGUCCGACGUGAACGCUCAAGAAAAGAAUGGCUGGACGGCCUUGCACAACGCCUGCUACUGGUGUCACCCCAAAGCAGUGAAGGUUUUGCUUCGCCACUCUUGUGAUAUUAAUCUGAAAAAUAAGGAUCACAGAACGGCGCUACACGAGACUGCUCGGUCAAAAGAGGAGGACGAGCGUAAACUGGCCGAGAUUGUCCGCGACCUGAUAGCCGCGGGGGCGGACGUCAACGCAAAGGGGUGUGACCUUGGUGAGACUGACUUCAGCAGCUUGAUGUUUUCUGCGUACCACGGUCACCCUGAUGUUGCCAUGGCGCUGAUUGAGGCUCGGUGUGACCUCAACGCUCGAGGGUCGUCAAACUGGUGGACGUCACUACAUUGGGCUGCAGACAGAGGGAAGGAUGAACUGGUUUACAUUCUACUCGAAGCCGGAGCCGACCCCACAAAGAAGGGAAUGAGGGGAGAGUUGGCGUCUGACCGGGCCACGAACCCGACGAUCAAAGAGGACUUGAUGAACGCUGUGAACAUGUUCAGAGAGCUUGAGGUGCUCGAACGAUCCGCCGCGAAGGUGGCCCUGAAGAACACAUCAGCGUUCAGUUCAGAGAAGUCAUCGGCGACGACAAGCCCGGGCCACAAGUCGUCCUCACUGAGCGGCGCAAGUCCGUCGAGUUCGGAGCCGUACAGCUGGUCACCCUCGCCCUCCUCCAAGGACGACCUCUCGGGGAGCGACAUCUCGGGUUUCUACUCCGACCGCCGUGUCUCCGAGAUCGAGCAGACGGAAAACAGUACGUUGACAGAAGCGACGUGGUACAGCGUGUCGGAGGCCGAGAGAACCCACAGCCCGUGUAGUGAGAUGAGCUGUGAUGAGGGUGCGCCACACGUGCCCGGAACCAAGCGCUCAAGUACGCCCGUCGCAGACACCAAAGACGACUCACUGCCAACAGAAGAAUCAAAACCAAAGAACACGGAAGUGGUGUUGGUAAAAACCUCCGAACACAAAGCACUGUGGGAAAAUAACGUGGUUGUGAAAUCGGGCGAAUUUCAGGUGAUUCCCGAAGAAGAAGGGUCGAAUUUUGAAAAAGAAUCGGAGAGCUCAGUUGAAAAAGACCUGGAAAGUGGUGUGGAAAAAGAUUUGGAGAGUUCUGAAGGCUUGAUCAAGGGAAGCAACUCUGGUGAGGAUUUGAAACAAAAAGAUGGUUGUAAUGUAAAUGAGAAGGAUUCGAAUAUUGUUGAGACUGAAGAAAUACACUGACACAAACUGCCAUGUGUGAAUUAUUGUCAAACUGUUGACUGUGUCAUAUAGUUAAUUAUUUUUUUAAUUAAUUAUUAAAAAUGUAUGUUAUGAUGAGAUACAUGUAAGUAGGCAGGCUUAUGGUUGAGUUUGCUGGCAGUUACAAGUAGAUUUCACCAGAUAAAGUUCUGCAGGUAGAUUUCUACAGGUAACGUUCUGCAGGUAGAUACCCAGAGGUAGAUUUUUACAGGCAGUGUUCUGUUAGUAUAUUUCUACAGGUAACAUUCUGCUGGUAGAUACCCAGAGGUAGAUUUUUACAGGCAGUGUUCUGUUAGUAUAUUUCUACAGGUAACAUUCUGCAGGUAGAUAACCACAGGUCUCUUUCUGCUUAUAGAUUUGUACCCACGUAGAUUUCCAAGGUAGAUUACCACACGUAGAUUUCCAAGGUAGAUUACCACAGGUAGAUUACCACAGGUAGAUUUGCAACGUGGAAUUCAGCAACUAUAUUUCUCUAGGUGGAUUUUGGCCGGUUUAAUUCCACAGGUAGAUUUUAGCCUGUUUAAUUCCACAGGUAGAUUUUAGCCUGUUUAAUUCCACAGGUAGAUUUUAGCCGGUUUAAUUCCACAGGUAGAUUUUAGCAGGUAGAUUUCCACAGGUAAUGUUUUACACGUAAGCUCAGCCGGUAGAUUUCCCUAUAACUGGUAUCGAAAGUGCAUAUAAAAGAUCCCUUGCUGCUUUUCCGGUAGAAGUAGCCUACGUGGCAGCAGCAGGUUUCUUCUUUGUCUCAAGACCAAGUGUCAAAAUAACUACAUGUGUGACACCAAACAACUUCAGGUCAAACUGCUGAGUAGUUGAUAAACAAAUACUCAUAUCCUUUCCACACAUCAUUUACACAUGUACGUACCCGAGUGCGACGACACCCAAUAGUCUGGGUUUUGUUCAUGCUGGGAUGUCGCUAAAACAUUCAUUCUUUCAUUCAUUCAUUCAUUCAUUCAUUCCAGGGCUAGCUCUGCAACUUGCCAAAUUCGCUAAUUGCAAAUUUUAAAGUCAGUUG